AACGGUGACGACACUGUCUGCCAAUCAGAACGCAGGAGCAGGGUGGGUUGGACGACUUGCGCCAAAUUCAAACAAAGAAAAAAAAAGAAGGAAAAUCAGCGUUCGCUCGCAGUAGAGAACGUUGUGUGACUAUUUGAGACUAACAAGAGCUUGUGACCAUGACCUCCUCAGUGUUGCAGAGCGUGGGCGUGGCGGUGGGCUGGCGUUCACACAGUGUCCUGGAGGACGAACCUGACAGCCCGCUCCCCGACCGCUUCCGCAAGCGCCCCUCGUCCAGCUCGCUCAACACGCUGCGCAUGUCCCUGCGCAAGAGGCUGCCGCUGCGCAGCGUGACUCUCAACAUGCAGGAGAACCCCACUUGGGAGGCGCUGGAGAGCAGGCAGAAACCCGGGGCCAUGCGCAGCCUGACCCGCAGUGCUCGCAGCACCCUGGGCAACGUGUCCCAGAGAAUCCAGAAGAGCUGCGUGCCCCGGGAAGACUGUUUGGUCCAGACCCCCGGCAAGCCCCCCGCUGGAGAGAAACAGAAGAGCCAGGCUGCCCGCACGCCCCGGAAAAACAGCACCCGCCCGCCUGCGGCCUCCCCCAAAUACAACCCCAAACACCCCCCCAAAUCGGGCUCCAAGAGGCCCCCCCGCGCUGCCAGGACCCCUGAGGCUGGCGGCUCCUUGCGGGCCGGGAAGGGGUGGAGCGGCAGGAGGAAGCUGGUUCGAAUGGCGGCCCUGAGGAGCCCCUUUGCCUCCCCCAGCAGAAGGCAGUUUGACACAGACCUCGAGUCCGUGUCCACGGGGCUGAGCAAGCUGAAGAAGCUCUCCCAGGUCUUCGAUGACGUCAUCGGGAAAGAUGAGCGUGAUCAAGCCGUUGAAAACUACAAGCAGCUUAUGGUAGAGAGCUACGAGUCCUCUCAACACAAGGGGACGCGCAGAGCAUCCAUCCGAAACAACACUGCCAGGAUUCGGGACACCGUCCACAGCUGGAAAGAUGCAGCCUUAUCAAACAUUCGCAAAGGAAACUGAGCCUGACUGCAGCUUCCGUCAUCAUACCUGGUCUUGUCUCUUCUGUUUGCUUACAGGUUCAUAUCUGACUGAUCGGGAUUCGGUGACACUUGUGUCUCAUUACUGUGUAUUUAUGUAGUAGUUAAUUAGUAAAUACAUGUGUGCUCGCACAAUUACAAUGUUAUGAAUUGUUAAUGUACUUGAUGUGUAAAUCUUUUUGCACAAUAUAUUUAAUUACACAAGUGCAUGGUAACUAUGAAUAAUAUUUAAAUUACGUGUAAGUACACAUGCAUUUACUAAGUAACUACAGUGUAAAUACACAGUAUCUAGACACUUCUCUCUCGUGGUGCAGAAAUUUGGAAUGGGGUCAUAAUGAUAGCUCAGUUUACCCCUUAACGCUGGAUAAAGCACUGGGGGGGGGGUGUAUCUGUGUCUCCUGUGUCUAAGCCACCAUGUUCUCUCUCUCUCUGUGUGUUCUUCAUGUUGACAGCCAGCAUUUUGCCUAUCGCUGCCCUGGGCUCUGUGUCUGCGUGUGUUUCUAUUGUGUUUUUUUUAUAUGUGUGUGUAGUUCUACACUACCUGCGGUGGAGGGCUGUGUUUCACAGGGACUUCAUAAUCCUUCCAGUACUCCACGCUUCUCUCAAGCCUCGUCUCUUCAAAGCAGCUGUACGGUAACGCUGACAUCGUCUUCCGAUCCCAAAAGCAGCUGGCUUUUAUUUGAUUAAAAAAAAAAGUGAUUUGUUUUGCAAAAAAUGUUUUUUAAACCGUUUUUCUAUAGCCAUUAGGUAUAAGCAUUAUUAUAUGAAUAUUAACUAACAGCUAACAUGACUUUAGACAAAGGGAAUUAACAGUAUUGUGUUUCAGUGAGCGGAUUUGGGGUAUUUAAUGUAACUGGUACACAUUUAAUAAGACACUAAUAAAUAGAUAUUUUUUUGUAAUGUUUUAUAUGAAGGAACCACUUUUGUAUGAAGGAGUAAGUUAACUUUUCUAUGGGCUGCUGCAGCUGUUGGAAAGUGUGCAGUGCAACAAACUACAUUUUUUUAAUAAAUAUAUAUUUUAUACAUACAGUAAUGUUAGCUAAUGGACAAAUGUUUAAUUGACAAAUGUUGUUUUUGGUAAAAUGUAAUAAAUAUAUAUAUAUAUUUCAAGUGCAUUUUGCUUGCUUUUUUGUGCAUUACAGUUUGUAUAAUUCCGUUGAUUUAAAUGUGUCCCCUUAAUUCAUUAAUUUGUGAAAACUCAGCAGGAUUAAAACAUACGAAGACCCUCUUUAUUGAAGUGGUGCACAAUUAAAAUCUUCACCAUUUUAUACAAACCGUGUUCCAUCGCUACAAUAUUGAAACUUUAGCUUGUGUUUUUUUUGUUACAAAUACAAAUCUCUGUAUAGUACAUUGGAAACCAACAAUACCACAAAUUAAAAAAAAACAAAAACACAA